AUGGUUGCGAGGGACUGGCAAGGGAGGGUGAUGGGUGCUUGGGCAGUGCCAAACUCAAGCUGCUCCCAUGCAAAGCUAGAAGAAGCAAUGGCACUCAGAAUUGCUAUGCUAGUGGCGAAGCAGAAUGGAUGGAGAAGAGUGGAAUUUGAAACAGACUGUAUGCAGGUUGUGAAUGAAAUUAAUAGGGAGGAAGAUGAAGUAGUUAGGUUCACAAUGACGUCUGAUAUCAGGAAAUUAAAGUCCAGUUUUGAUGAAUGUUGUUUUACCUUUACUAAAAGGGUAAACAACUUUGUCAGUCAUACAUUAGCUAAGAUGGCGAAACAUAUGAAAUGCUCAACUGAAUGGAAGGGUAGCUUCCCAGGUUGGCUGCUUGAGCGCUCAAGCAGACUGUAA